AUGGGGGAAGAGGUGAAAGGAGGAAGAGAAGAGGGGAGAGGGGGGAAGAACAAUGGCUUCCUCCCCCCUCAAAGUGGAAAAAGCUCUAAGAGUUGCGUGUUGGUGAUUCUAGAGAGGAAAAAACAGGGGGAACAAGUUUCUCGAGUUUCUCUUCACGAGUUUCAGCCACUUUCCAUGACGCAAGGAUCGUAUGAACGAGCUCUACAAGAUAAGUGUGUUUUGGGAGAAUGGUGGUCACUAGGCAGAUCAUUGAAGGUUGAGGAUUACUUUGGAGCUGUUAAGCAGGUGAAGAAUCUACCUUGGGCUGAACCUACAGAGAACUCAGAGUAA